AUGAGUGAUCGUAAUAAUUUGCUAUUGAAUAAUGGGAGUAGAGCGAAUUAUCAAAGCACUAAGAUUCUACAUAAAGAUGAUAUAGUGAGAAGGAAUCCUCUAGUGAGGACGUUAAGCAACAACAACAACAACAACAACAACAACAACAACAAUGUUCCACUGAACAAUAAUGCUUUAACAAAUGAUUUAGAGGCCGUUAUUGGCUCAACAAGACAACCGGAAAUGACUAGGAAGUUGAGGUUUUGGUCUCUUGUACCAUAUUAUUUGCCGUGUUUCUCUUGGAUUCCUCAAUAUACUUGGUUCAAGCUAAUAAGUGACUUCCUAGCUGGAAUCUCGCUAGCUUCAUUCCAAAUUCCUCUAGCAUUAUCAUACGCUACUUCAAUAGCUCAUGUGGAACCGUUAUGUGGGUUAUAUUCUUUAGCUAUAACUCCAUUUAUUUAUGCAGUAUUUGGAUCUGUUCCACAGAUGAUAGUUGGUCCUGAAAGUGCUAUUUCAUUAGUUGUUGGCCAGUCUGUAGAAUUAUUAAAGUCUCAUGAUAGUGCAUUGGAGAUUAUUAAUAUAUCGGUGGUUUUAACUUUUAUUAGUGGUGCCGCUUUGUUAAUAUUGGGAAUAUUAAGAUUAGGGUUUCUAGGUAAUGUUUUAAGCCGUUCUUUAUUAAGAGGCUUUAUUAGUUCAAUCGGGUUAGUAAUGAUAAUUGAUUCUUUAAUCACAGAAUUAAAAUUAAAUAAACUUUUAGCAGGUCUAAAGGUUCAUUGUCAUACUUCAUUCGAGAAAGUUCAAUUUUUAAUCAAAUAUGCACCAACAAAUUAUCAUAAACCAACUGCACUUCUAAGUGCUAUAGCAUUUGUCACGCUAUUUUCAAUUAGACUAUUAAAGAAAAGAUGGAUGGCUAAGCAUAGGUGGUUAGCUUUUAUUCCUGAAAUCUUAAUGGUGGUGAUCAUCAGUAUUUAUUUGUCUGCGACAUGGGAAUUUAAAAAACAGUAUGGCAUUUUAAUUGUAGGAGACUUCAAUACUCAUGCCAUUGAUAAAUUAAAAAAUCCUAUUUCAAAGGAAAAUAGAAAGAUUAUGCCACAGCUACUUAAUACGGGGGUUCUGAUUUCACUACUAGGAUUUUUUGAAUCAAUGACUGCAUCCAAGUCAUUAGGGACUACUUAUGAUUUGGCAAUUUCUUCAAAUAGAGAACUAGUUGCCUUGGGAAGUAUGAAUGUUAUAGCAUCACUCUUUGGUGCCUUGCCAUCAUUUGGUGGUUAUGGAAGAUCUAAGAUUAAUGCAUUUUCUGGUUCCAAAACGGUAAUGUCCGGAGUUUUUAUGGGUUCCGUGACAUUGAUUACAAUCCGAUAUCUACUACCAUUGAUUCAUUACAUUCCAUUAUGUAUUUUAUCUGUUAUUACAUCCAUUGUUGGAAUAAGCUUACUUGAAGAAGCUCCAUCAGAGUUAAAAUUUCAUUUUAGAUGCAAAGGGUAUGAUGAAUUAUUUGUAUUUGCUAUUACAGUUUUAGCAACAUUGCUUUAUUCUGUAGAGAUGGGUAUUUGUAUUGGGUGUGGGUAUUCUAUUAUUAGUAUUGUUAAGCAUUCUGCAAAAUCAAGAAUUCAGAUUUUAGGUAGGGUUCAAGGAACACGAGAAUUUGCGAAUAUUGAUGAAUAUUUAGAUAGUGACCCAAUUGGUGAUAUUGAAACAAACAAAUUUGUGUUGGAAGAAAUUGAAGGCUGUUUGAUAGUGAAGAUUCCUGAGCCACUUACGUUUACUAAUACAGAUGAUUUGAAGGAACGCUUAAAUAGAUUAGAAAGGUUUGGAUCUGUUAAAGCACAUCCAGGUGGACCUGGAGGGCGUUCUAAAGAUUAUACUAAAUGUGUCAUCUUUGAUUUACAUGGAAUGACAUCAAUUGAUUCCUCGGCAACACAAAUAUUUUUUGAUAUAGUAGCCACUUAUAAAAAAAGAAAAGUCAAGGUAUUUCUAGCUAGAGUAUUACAAAGCAAACAGAUACGAGAGCGAUUAGAGAAGAGUGGAGUUACCUCUAUGGUUAUACAUACAAACGAAGUUACACAUAUGAUGCCAAUUUCAAAGGGUACGACUAAUAAUGGCUUAAUGAAUGUUGAAAACUCUCCAUAUUUCAACACUAUAGACGAUACAUUGAAUGUGAUUGAGAGUAUUGAUAAUGGUGGCCAAACUAAUGAAGAGAUAAGUAUUGCUGAGAGUUUACUAUCUGCUACAUUUGUGAAUUCAAAUAUUGUAUAA